CCCACGCGUCCUCUGCUUGCUCGCCGCGCUCCUGGCUGCGGCUGAUGCCCAGACAACAGCAAAUCCUAGGUCCUGUUACCAGUGCAGGCGAAAUUCUGUGAGUAGUUGCCCUGUUCUGGCCCAGCCCUGCCCCACCGGUCAAAGCUCCUGCCUCAGUGUCUGGGAAGCAAACACGCUGGUCAAAGGAGCUAUGGAAAAAACAGGCCAUUCCUUCUCCUGUGUAUCCUCCGCCAGCCCCAGGAACAUCUCCCUCUUCUUCGGGAAUGGGGUGUACGUGAAGAUUCAAUCCCAGAACUGCUCUACAAACAGCUGCAAUACCGCAUUCACUCCUGUCUGGCCGAUCAUCAACACCGUCUACACGGGAGGCCGGUGCCCGAUCUGCUUUGCCCCGGGUCGGAGCAGCUGUUCCAGCAAGGAGACCCUGCAGUGCGAGGGCCGCGCCAGCCAGUGCAUUUCCAUCAGCGGGCAGAUCUCGGAAGAUGACAUCACGAUACCCUUUGCAGCCAAAGGCUGUGCCACCCCGCAUGCCUGCGAACUCACAAAGGGCGAGAUUCUGGAUUCAGGAGUGUUCACCUACCAAAUAACACAGACUGAGUGUUACACGCCCAGCGGCGCUCAGCGGAUGCUGGGCCCCUUCGGCCUGGGCAGCAUCUUGCCCAGUCUGGCUGGGCUCCUGGCAGUGAAAUUCCUCUCUUAACGCCCCCUCUGUGUCGCCCCCCCCAGGGGGAUCCAUCCAGCAGCUGAAUGAUGCCCUCAUGGUCUGUGUGUCUCUCUUCUCUCCCCCACCCACCCGUGCCUCAGUUUCCCCAUCUGUGUCCAAAGGAUAACGAUGCUGAACUGCUUUUGCAAAGAUCCAGGGAGUCAGGGCCCAACCCAAAGCCCAUUACAGCCAGAGUGGGAGGAGGGGGCGGGGAGUCUCUGGACAGACUGUGAUGUGCUGUGUUACAGCGCUGAGUCUUAUUGUAUUCCACAGCAGCCCCCGAGAUUCCAGCCCGGGGACAGAACCCAGGAGUCCGAGCUCCCAGGACCCCCAGCUCUAACUCACCAGCCCCCACUCCCCUCCUAGAGCCAGGGAGAGUACCCAGGAGUCCUGGCUCCCAGCCCCCUGCUCUAACCACCAGCCCCCACUCCUCUCCUAGAGCCAGGGAGAGAACCCGGGAACCCUGGCUCCCAGUCCCCCCUGCUCUAACCACUAGACCCCACUCUCCUCCUAGAGCCAGAGAGAUAACCCAGGAGUUCUGGCUCCCAGCCGCCACUGCUCUAACCACCAGCCCCCACUCCCCUCCUAGAGCCAGAGAGAGAACCCAGGAGUCCUGGCUCCCAGCCCCCCCAGCUCUAACUCACCAGCCCCCACUCCCCUCCUAGAGCCAGAGAGAGA